ACAUUUUUAUUUCUUUUAGAUCUUAACUGCAGGUAAAUGAUUGGGUUUUGUUAAGGGGGAAAAUCAACAAGAUUAGGGCAUCUUUUUGUCCUAUAAAUGGCUUCUGUUGGUGUUGCACCUAGUUCUGGUUUGAGAGAAUCUAGUACUGUUGGUGUUGAUAGAUUACCUGAGGAGAUGAAUGACAUGAAAAUUAGGGAUGAGAAGGAAAUGGAGGCAACGGUAGUUGAUGGAAAUGGAACAGAGACAGGUCAUAUAAUAGUGACAACUAUGGGUGGUAGAAAUGGUCAACCAAAACAGACGAUAAGUUUUAUGGCUGAGCGUGUGGUUGGACAUGGAUCAUUUGGAGUUGUGUUCCAGGCAAAGUGCCUUGAGACUGGUGAAACUGUUGCUAUAAAGAAGGUUCUUCAAGAUAAGAGGUACAAGAACCGUGAACUGCAAACUAUGCGUCUUCUUGACCAUCCAAAUGUUGUGGCUUUGAAGCAUUGCUUCUUUUCAACAACCGAAAAGGAUGAACUUUAUCUUAAUUUGGUGCUUGAAUAUGUACCUGAAACUGUUCACCGUGUAAUCAAACACUACAAUAAGUUGAGCCAAAGGAUGCCAUUGAUAUAUGUGAAACUUUAUACGUACCAGAUUUUUAGGGCAUUGUCGUACAUCCAUUGCUGCAUUGGAGUGUGUCAUCGGGACAUUAAACCUCAAAAUCUUUUGGUAAAUCCACAUACUCACCAGGUUAAACUAUGUGAUUUUGGAAGCGCAAAAGUGUUGGUGAAAGGGGAAUCCAACAUUUCCUACAUCUGCUCAAGGUAUUAUAGGGCACCAGAACUUAUAUUUGGAGCAACUGAGUACACUACAGCAAUUGACAUUUGGUCUGCUGGUUGUGUCCUUGCUGAAUUGCUACUUGGACAGCCUCUAUUUCCUGGUGAGAGUGGAGUAGACCAACUUGUUGAGAUAAUCAAGGUUUUGGGCACUCCUACACGAGAAGAAAUUAAAUGCAUGAACCCUAACUAUACAGAGCAUAAAUUCCCUCAGAUUAAAGCCCACCCAUGGCAUAAGAUAUUCCAUAAGCGUAUGCCUCCUGAAGCAGUUGAUCUGGUCUCAAGGUUACUGCAGUACUCACCUAACCUGAGAUGCACUGCUCUAGAUGCCUUAAUCCAUCCUUUCUUUGACGAGCUCCGUGACCCAAACACUCGCUUGCCAAAUGGACGUUUCCUUCCGCCAUUGUUUAACUUCAAGUCUCACGAACUGAAGGGUGUGGCAGUAGAGGUUUUGGUGAAGUUGAUUCCAGAGCACGCGAGAAAGCAAUGUCCAUUUCUUGGCUUAUGAUUUGACGUGAAAUGUAACAAUCACAACAAACUAGCAAAGUAUUUUCUAUCCUACGCAAGCUAUAUGCUGUUUCUCAAUGUAUGCAGUUUCUCAAUGUAUGCAGUUUCGUCUUAUUUUUACGUACUACCCUGUCAUUAUGUAAAAGCCAAUCUGGAGACGGUAUCCUCGUCGGAAUCUCAAUCCCCAUGUUUGUUUUUU